CGGCUCACACAACUUUUGCGGCUGGGAGAGCGCUCGUACCCCGCUCCUCUCGCCACCGCCCUCCGCCCGGCAUGUGAGCGCGGGCGGCCGCCGCCACCAUGGCCUCGCCGCGCGCCCCGCGGUGGCCACCACCGCCGCCGCCGCUGCUGCUGCUGCUGCUACUGCUGCUGCUGCCACCGCCCGCCACCCCCAGGGCGCGGGGCCCCCUUCUCUUCCCGGCCAACCGCGCUCUCCUCCCGGCCGCGGGGCCGCCUUCGCCGCCUGGCCUCGGACACACGGCCCCCGGGCCCGGCGUCACCACCCGGCGGGGACGUUCUGGUCGGGUCCCCAGAGGCGUGAGAGCGGCAUCUGGAAGUAUAAAGAAUGUUAACAACUCCACCGAUCCCCAAAGCCCAUCAGUCACCCAGACAAAGAUUACACAUGUCACCAACACAUUCGCUAAUGGUGUCCCAAGAAUGCUCCGGUCUUUGACUGUCAGUGUGGAACCUAUAAACGAGAGAGAGAGUUUCCAUGAGCAUUCCAGAAUUGCCAUAACUUCAGCCUCAGUCCAUUCUUCACCUUCUGUGGUUGACUCAAGGACAGACAGCAGACUGACUGAGAGUCUAGGAGAUGGAGAAGGCAUUGAGCCAUCUGCAGAAAAUGGACUUGGACUUCCAUCCAUACACUGGCAAAGUGAUUCCCCCACCUUUGGAGGACAUCAGCUUGCCAGCAGCUGGGAACUGGGAAAUGGAAGUGCCAUACCUCUGACUGAGACGGCGUUUAGGUCAGUCCCCUCCAUUGGUGGUGGAGAGAGCACAGGACAGUGGUUCCCCAGUGAGAGCAAAACAUCUACAGAUACAGCAGAGAGCUCCGAUUUGCAUCCAGACGUUGGGAGCACGCGGGGUUUGACACAGUUCGCACACACUGCACAACAGCCCCGAAAUGGUGGCUCGGGGUUGGGUGGGAAGAGUUACUCAGAGCCUUCAUCUACAUCUUCCUCGGAAAGUCUGGAUUCCUCAGCACCACAUGAAGGACAUUCAACUCCAGAAGAUGGUGCGCUGCUGAGUGACAGCUCAGACCUGGCAGAGAGCACUUCUGAGGCACGAGCCCUGCACACCCACACGUCUGCAAUGCUCACCCGGAGUGGGGAGCGCACCCUGCGGUCCCUUGACAUCCCGCGCACUGCAACCCGCCCUGUGCACCCCACUCAGCGUGGGAAUGUGACAGAGCACUCGGGCCUGCUGUCCCAGGCACCUACCCUUGGAGUCCCUGGACUUAGCUAUGGUCAAGAGCGCGGCUCAGACGAUGAACAGAGGACCUCCAGUGGCCACACAGACCACGCCUAUGCUUCAUCUGCUUUCACCAAAGGAGAACGGGCAUUACUGUCCAUUACAGAAAACUCUUCCUCCUCAGACACCAGCGAGAGCUCAACCUCUUCCAUUAAGACCUCAGACUCUCCAUACUUAGACUUUUCUUCAUCUCAGGCUAAAGGAAGUAACGUGUCCUCCUAUGAUGGCGAACCUGUUCAGUCUUCCACCGAGUCCCUGGUUCUGCAUACAUCCAGCCUUCCAUCCUAUACAUCCACUGUUAAUGGGUCAAACAACUUGGUUCUUGAUGCCAGUACUAAGUCAAUUGAGGACCCAUCUGAUUCAGGAGUCCCAUCACCUCUCCCAUCAGCGCCGCAGCCCCACCAGUUUUUAUCAACCUUACCGUCAACUCGGUCUCCUAUGCAGCAGCUAAAGUCUACCUCCGAGACAGCCACGCCUUCGUCAUCCUCACUGUCACCUUUGCCCAUCUCCUUGAUGGUGUCAACCCUUGCCCCACACUCUGUCUCACAAACAGACUUCCCACGUUCAUCAUCUACCCUAGUCCCACACAGGGCAAGGGAACCACGUGUAACGUCGGUCCAGAUGUCAACAGUGGAAUCAGCCAUUGCAGUGUUCCCCGGCAACCAAACAGCAGACCCCAAGAACCAGAGCACCCCACAGCAAGAGAAAACCAUCACAGAAGCCAAGUCGCCAAGCCUGGUGCCUCUGCCCACAGACCCCGCCAAAGCAGUAACAAUGAGCCUCCCUGCAGACCCCUGGUCCCCAGCCUUCAUGGGGUUCCCCACAGAGCCAGCCCUUUCAGACACAAGCACCACCUUAGCCCGGAUGUCUCCAGCUUUGACGUCUUCUGUUUCCCACACUACUCACGCUCCUGUGACCAGUCCCAACACCCCAAGCAUGGAAACUUUGACCUCAGGCACUGUCGUCGUGCACACGACCCCUGAGAAACAGCACCAACCAACCAACCCUGACAUUCUAGUGCCACCAACCUCGCCGGAAGGGGUCGUCACCACAGAAGGGAACCAGGUGCAUGUGGACCCUACCACUCCGUCUAUCCCUCUGACCACUACACCCACAUCAGCAGAAGUGACCACAAAGCUCAGCCAGGCAGAAGAGGCCAGCCCAGUUUCACAUUUUCUCAGAACAUCUUCACCUCAAACUCCAGAUGUUUCUACAGCUGAAAUAUUGACUUCCAAAUACACCACCUUUGCUGCUCAGAGCACCCCAGAGUCACCAGCAGCAUUGUCCCCUCCGACCUCAGUCAACAGCUGUACUGUGAACCCUUGUCUUCAUGCUGGUGAAUGCAUCGUGGACCUCACUGGUCACGGGUAUCGAUGUGUAUGCCCACCUGCCUGGCAAGGGGACAACUGCAGUGUGGAUGUGGACGAAUGCCUCUCCAGCCCCUGUCCUCUAGCCAUGUGCAACAAUACUCAGGGAUCAUUCACCUGCAGAUGCCCAGUCGGGUAUCAGUUGGAGAAAGGAAUAUGCAAUCUGGUUAGAACCUUCGUGACUGAGUUUAAAUUAAAGAAGGCUUUUCUCAAUACUACUGUGGAAAACCAUUCCGACAUUCACGAGGUUGAAAACGAGCUCGCUCAAACAUUAAACUUGUGUUUUUCAACGUUGCCUGGGUAUAUCCGAUCUACAGUAGGUGUGUCUAGAGAGCCUAGUACACUGGCGAUCUCACUGCAGUCCACCUUUGCCCUGGCCUCCAAUGUGACACUAUUUGACCUGGCUGACGGAAUCCAGAAAUAUGUCAAUUCCUGCAGGUCCUCUGCCGAAGUCUGCCAGAUCUUGGGGUCUCAGAGACGAAUCUUCAGAGCGGGCAGCUUGUGCAAGCGGAAGAGUCCAGAAUGUGACAGAGAGACCUCUAUCUGCACGGACCUGGAUGGCGUCGCGCUGUGUCAGUGCAAGUCGGGCUACUUUCAGUUCAACAAGAUGGAUCACUCUUGCCGAGGUAGCCAUGGGUCCCAGCAGUUCUGA